AUGUGUUUGAAGCCUAUCUUCAGGGAGACAAUUAAGGGUCUCCAAAUGGAUCCUUACAAGUACCGUCCAUCGAGUUCUUACAACUCUCCAUUCUUUACCACAAAUUCUGGUGCUCCUGUCUACAACAAUAACUCAUCUCUCACUGUUGGAUCAAGAGGUCCAAUUUUGCUGGAGGAUUACCAUUUGGUGGAGAAACUUGCCAAUUUUGACAGGGAAAGGAUUCCGGAACGUGUUGUGCAUGCCAGGGGAGCCAGUGCCAAAGGUUUUUUUGAGGUCACUCAUGACAUAUCUCACCUCACAUGUGCUGAUUUCCUCCGUGCCCCGGGUGUCCAGACCCCUGUCAUCGUGAGGUUUUCCACUGUCAUUCAUGAAAGGGGUAGUCCUGAAACUCUUAGGGACCCUCGCGGUUUUGCUGUCAAGUUUUACACCAGAGAGGGUAACUUUGAUAUGGUGGGCAACAAUUUCCCAGUCUUCUUCAUCCGUGAUGGAAUGAAGUUCCCAGACAUGGUCCAUGCCCUGAAACCCAAUCCCAAAUCCCAUAUUCAGGAAAACUGGAGAAUCGUAGACUUCUUUUCGCACCAUCCUGAAAGUUUGCACAUGUUCACUUUUCUCUUUGAUGAUAUUGGUAUUCCACAAGAUUACAGGCACAUGGAUGGAUCUGGUGUCAACACUUAUACCCUAGUCAAUAAGGCUGGGAAAGCACUUUAUGUUAAGUUCCACUGGAAGCCCACCUGUGGAGUUAAGAGUUUGCUGGAAGAAGACGCCAUCAAGGUUGGGGGAGCUAACCAUAGCCAUGCCACUCAGGACCUCUAUGACUCAAUUGCAGCUGGGAACUAUCCUGAGUGGAAACUUUUCAUUCAGACAAUUGAUCCAGAUUUUGAAGACCAAUACGACUUUGAUCCGCUUGAUGUGACUAAAACUUGGCCUGAGGACAUAUUGCCCUUGCAGCCAGUUGGGCGCUUGGUUUUGAACAAGAACAUUGAUAAUUUCUUCAAUGAGAAUGAGCAGCUGGCUUUCUGCCCUGCUAUUGUGGUGCCAGGCAUUUAUUACUCAGAUGAUAAGCUACUCCAGACCCGUAUCUUUUCCUACUCCGAUACGCAAAGGCAUCGGCUUGGACCCAAUUAUUUGCAGCUUCCUGCAAAUGCUCCCAAGUGCGCUCACCACAACAACCAUUAUGAUGGUGCCAUGAAUUUCAUGCACAGAGAUGAUGAGAUCGACUACUUCCCAUCAAGGUAUGAUCCUGUCAGGCAUGCUGAAAAAUACCCCAUUCCUCCUGCAAUCUGUACUGGCAAGCGUGAGCGGGCUAUAAUUGCAAAAGAGAACAAUUUCAAGCAACCUGGCGAACGCUACCGUUCAUUUUCACCAGACAGGCAAGAGCGUUUCAUCCGUCGUUGGGUUGAUGCCUUAUCUGACCCAAAAGUCACAUACGAGAUCCGCAGUAUAUGGAUCUCUUACUGGUCUCAGGCUGACAAAUCACUUGGUCAGAAGCUCGCUUCUCACCUCAAUAUGAGGCCAAGCAUCUGA